GAAAUUGAAAUAGGUGUAAGUAGAUUAUGCCCAGGCUUGCAGGGUGCGUAGCGGUCAAGGACUGGUCUGUGAGCUCCGCGAGCACCAUUACGGUGCUACCAUAAUAUCUCUUCAAAACAUUUCACCAUGAAUAUGCUCUAAAGGCAGUGAGGCGCAAGGAACAUGAAGCCGAAGCGCGGGGAACGCCAACGCGACCCUGAGCGUGUCACUCGUAGCUUGUUUGCCGGCGGUGGCAAUGGCCAAGCUGACAGGCAGCCGCUGGAUCCGUUCCAGCAGCUACUGAGGCUGCUAGGCGAUGCAAAACGCGAUGCCCUCGCGGUGGUGCAGCUGCAAGACAGCAGCUCUUCAGAUGGGACGCGCAAGCUCGUGGAGUCGUGCGCCAAGCUGGCGCAGGGGUCGGCAAGGACAGCGGAGAUGGUCAAGCUGGAGGAGCCUCAGGACGAGUAUGGGUACCCGCCCGCUGACAGCGCUAACCGUCUUAACCCACAACAGUCCGCCAAGGCCGUGGCCACGCUGCUGGACGCCUGCCACAUGGGCAUGAGGGCCGUGCUCGAGACGGCCAACGCCCAGGAGCAGCAGGGCCGCAGCACCGACGCCGGCAGCGAGCAGCCCGCGCCGCAGCAAAGCGCUGGCAAGGCCGGCGAGGACUCGGCGCCGGCCGCCGCCUCGCCCGCCACUUCGCCCGCCACUUCGCAGCUGUGGCGCUGCGCCAUCAACGUGGCCACGGCGCUGCAGGACGCCUCCCGCCUGCUGGCGGCGCCCGCCACCUACCUCGCCUACACCUCCGCCGACCCCUCAUGCGACGCGCUGCUCAGCCUAGGCGAGCUGGCGGCCACCGUCAUGCGGCGGGCCUCGCUGGCGGCCGCCGCGACGACGCUGGCGGCGCGGCGGCAGAUGGAGGCGCGCGGCGGCGAGGACGCGGCGGUGCUGGUGCCCGGCGGCCUGCUGAUCGACGUGCCCGCCGGGGCCGCGCCCCCCACCAAGGCGGAGGGGGAGGGCGCGGCUGCGGGGGAAGCGGGGAGUGCGCGUGUCAAAGCGGAGAGUGAAGCGCCGGCCGCAGGCGGCACGGGAAAGGGGGGCGAUGUGGAGAUGGAGGAGGCCAUCGGCGGUGCGGGCGUGAAGCCGGAGGCGGAGGCGGGCGCAGAGGCGAAGCAGGAGCAGCCGCUAGCGGCGGAUGGAGCGGCCGCGGCUGGGGGCUGGGUUGCGCCGAGUCAGCCGCCGGACGUGUGCUGCCUGCUGGCGUCGCACGGCUACUCGCUGCUGCUGGUGGCGUGCGAGCAGCAGCCGGAGAGCUUGCUGGACUCGGUGCUCCAGCAGCCGGGUGGCGCGCAACGCAUGCAGCACGUCACCUCGGCGGCGCUGGAGCUGGCGGCGGUGCGCAUCACCGAGACCGCCUACUGCGACACCGCACAGAGCAGCGGUCAGGCUGCCGGCGGCAGCGGCAGCAGCGGCAACCGCACCAGCGGUGACGGCGGCGGCGCUCAUGCCAACGGCAUCGGCAGAAGCAGCAAAGGCCCCGGCACCAGCACCACCACCAACAGGGCCACCGCUACCCCCGGCGGCGCCGUGUCGUUUCAGGUGCGGCAGCUGCAGCUGGUGGCGCUGCGCUUCGCGGAGCUGCUCACGGACGACGGCAACACGCAGCUGGAGGCCAAACGCGCGCUGCUGCCGGCGCUGUGCGAGGCACUGCUGGCGGAGCCGCGCCGCUGCGUGGACUGGUGGGGCUGCGGUCGGCCCGCGGUCCUGUCCUCACUGCAGCAGCCACAGCUCGCGCAGGCAGCGCCGCUGGGCGGCGGGCCGCCGGCUGCGCCGGCGCCUUCGGCGCCGGCGCCUGCGGUGCCGGUGCCGCCGGAGGCGGACGCAGGGGCUGGCGCGGAGGCGAGCGCGGAGGCGGGUGCGGGGUCGGCGUCCGGGCCUGGUACUGGGGCGUCAAUGCUGCCGCCCGCCUGCCCCAGCAACCACGAGGCGAAGCUGACCACGUGUGCGGUGGGCAUGCUGCUGAAGAACCCCGCCUCGCGCGCCACCUGCAUGCCGCUGCUGCUGGGCUGCGUGCGGCUGCCCGGGCCCGGCGGCGCAGCCGCCUCCCAGGGACUGCCGCCGCCGCCCUCCGCCCCCGGUGCUGCCGCUCCGCAGCAGCUGCAAUGCCCGGGCCAGUUCCCUCCCGGCUACCUAGGUGGUUACCUGCCUCAGCAGCAGGGACUGCUGCCGCCGGGCCAGCAGCCGGGCCAGCCGCAGCCGCAGCCCAACUGGUCGGCGUUCGGCGACAACUUCCGCACCGAGCGCUUCAUGGCCGUGGGCACCGGCGACGAGCGGGAGGAGCUGUAUGUGGGCGGCAGGGGCCGCGGGUACAAGAAGACGCGGGUGCUGAACCCCGAGGCGCACGGUGUGGACUGCGACGCGGUGGGUCUGGUCACGACAGCCAUGGCCACCUCGCUCGAGUACGCGGUGCUCAUGUGCAAGCUGCUCGCCAACGCCAGCGUGGGCGCGCCGCCCGUGCCCCUGGACGAAGCCGCGGACGCCGGAGCCAACUCCGACCCGGCAGCCGCGGGAGCGACAGAGCCUGGCGCGCAGCGCGAGCAGCCGGCACCGCAGCAAGAGCCCAAGCCAGAGGACGGGGCAGGGGGUGUGGAGGUGAAGGCGGAGCCGGGCGGGGAGGAGGCCAAGGCCGGGGCGGCUGCGGGCGCCAAGCCGGGGCGGCAGGACCUGCACCUCCUGCCGCUGGCCAGCGCCUUCCGCCGUAUGCUUGAGGACCGCUACCUCAAGGGACAACAGGCCCAACAGGACCAGAAGGUCGCAGGCGCCAGCAGCGCCGAGGGCAGCUCCGAGGGCGAGGCGGCGCUGGCGGCGCUGGACGCCCAGGCGCUGCUGCCCCCCGGCGAGCUGGCGCUGUAUGCGGCCAUUGAGCGGGUGGCGGUCAACCUGGCGGCGGUGCUGUCGCUGCUGCAGCCGGUGUGCCCCAACGGCGGGCAGGACAUCCGCGCGUCGCUGGCCGUGCUGCACCUGCCCACGCUCAGGUGGCCGCGCAUGUCCGUCCGCCUGCCGCAGCUGCUGGGGGUGGAGGAUGUGGAGCUGCUGCUGGGCGUUGCGGAGGACCUGUGCACCACCACCGGCGCCUUCAGCAAGCGACUGCAGGAGCUGAGGCGGCAGCGGCAUGCGGAGCGCCGCCGCAUCCGGGAGCGCUACCAGCUGCCAAAGAAGCAACCCAAGGGGCACCGGCGCGGCGAGGACGGCACCAGCAUGCCGCAGCUGACCCGGCUGCUCCGGCGCGGCGCUGCCUGCCCUGUGGGCCAGUCUGACUCAGAGGACGAGGCGGCGGCUGAGCAGGCCCGGGCGGCAUCAGGGCUGAACGGCCUGGCCGCUAGGGCGCCGGGAGGGCAGCCAGGCGGGGCGCACCUGAAGCAGACGCACGUGCAACACCAGCAGCAGCGGUACAUGCAGCAGCACCACAUGCAGCAGCAGCAGCUCCAGGGGUCUCGGCCGGGGCUCAGCGGGCCGGCAGGCGCGCUGCCGUAUGGUGGCAUGGCCGGCGUGCCCAUGGCGCCCUCUGGCCCCGCUGCCGCGGUGCACAUGCAACAGCAGCAAUACCAGCUGCAGCAGCAACAGCAGCAGCAGCAGCUCAAGCGCCCACGCGUCAGCGAGGAGGGCGCAGCUGGUAUGGCGGGGCCUCGCGGGUUCGACCCGGCUGCGGGCCGCAGGACAUCCGGCAGCGGCCAAGCCUCAGGCCACCAGCAGGUGCAGCCCCAGCAGCAGCAGCCGGCCCCCAGGCUGAGCAACGGGGGCGGCGGUGGUGGUAUUCUGAUGGCAAGCAUGGCGAGCAUGGCUGCGGCAGCUGCCGCUACUGGUGGAGGUAGUGGUGGUGGCGGCGGCGGCGGCCCUACCAGCCUGCCUCGCUUCCCUGCAGCUGGUGGCCCGGCUGGCCUGCCUUCGCAUCCUAGCGGCGGCGGCCCAAUGGGCGGGGGCCCUGCGUCGCUGCCGUCCUUCGGAGGCGGCCCGCCGCAGGGUGCUCACGCAGGGCCACAGGGGUCCAUCGGCCGGACGACAGUGGAUGAUGAUGAGUGGAUCCGGCCAGGUCCUCGCGGCGCCGCGCCGGUGGCUCCCAGGGCUACCGGGCCGGCCUCGCUGCCGCGGUUCGACGCGCCCGGAGCAGGCGGACAGCCUGGGCAGGGAGGCGGCGGCAUGCCCUUCCACCAGCAGCAGCAGCACCCACAGCAGCAGCAGCACCAACAGCAUGCUCACGGUGGCUACCCUCCGCAGUUUGCUGCACACCCCGGCGGCCACCCGCCACAGCAGUCCGGCGGCCAUCAGCAGCACCAGCAGCAACAACAGCAGCAACAGCCGCCGCAGGCUCACCCGCAACAACAACAGCAGCACCAGCAGCAGUACCCGGCUGGCCUCCAGGCGGCCCUGGCCGGCGGGCCGGCCUCACUGCCCAUGUUCCAACCUGGUGGGCCGCAGCAGCCGCAGCACCAGCAGCAGCUGCAACAGCACCAACAACAACAGCAGCAGCAGCAGCAGUACCGCCCCGGGCCUCCGCCCACGCAGCAGCAAUACUACGGUGGAGGCGGCGGGAUGUGAGAGCUGGUCAUGAUGUUGCAGGCAAAGGUGGCGAACACGGUGUCAUGGUAACGGAUGCUAUUGAUGGCUUUGGCCGGCGUCAAGGGCGGUAGCAGAGACGGCGCCCAGCCCAACUUGAGCGCAUUGCAUUGAAGCUGGGAAAGAGAAGCAUCGGCACUUGACAUGCAAGACGUUAAGUUCAGAGCUCUUUACUUGUGAAGGAGGGCUAGGUGGAAUGCCCGUGUGUCUCUAGUGUCCCAGACGACUUGGCGCAUGCUGCGGGCCCCUAUUGCGCCGGCCGCUUUCGCGGCUGACCAGGCAGCGGCAACAUUACUUGGACUGAUGUACAGACGAGACUUGGCGUUGGGGAAGAAAGGGUAUGCGAGUGGGGCGAUGGCAAAGCGGCGCCAAAAGAGUAAACAAAGCCGCAUAUUUUAUUCCUGCCAGGCCGCAUCGGCUUUCCGGUACAUCCGCGGCCCCGCCCACAGCCUGGAUCCGCCCCAUCGUCCACUGCUGGGCCGCUGGGCCCACCGGCAGUGCUCGUAUCUUACGAAGGCAGGGGCGGCGUCAGUGGCCGAAUUCCUUAAAAUGGCUUCGUUCAGUUGACGAAACAGGCUGCCGCCGCUUCGUUCACCCCCAAAAUUUUUCCGGGGGCUCCGCCCCCGACCCGCACGAUGUCGACACCGACACGACACGCCCACUCCUCCCCUGCUUCCCGCCGACCCAACCUCACUCUCCCGCCAGGGGAAACCCUGUCUCCCGCCGUCAACACCCAUAGAUACAGCCCUUUGAGCCUUCUUACCAUAUGACACGCAGGUUUCGGCCGUGGAGUAGCCGCUGGAACCCCCUGUCCUUGGCCACAAGUGGCCGAAAUCCCAAAAAUGUCUUCGUCUGUUUGCCCAGGUUUGCCGAAAGACCCCCCAAGAUCCCG